AUGUCGGAAAAUAAGUAUAAUUUACGGCCUAAACGAAACUACGCGUCUCUGGAUAGAUUGUCGAGUUCAAGUGACGAUGCCGACGAUGACAUAAAUGACAGAACACACGGCAGCCAUUUUGAGCAACGAGCAGAACAACAACAAACCCGAGAAGAAGCCUCAAGUUGCAACGACCACCAACCGUUCACCGGAUCCAUUGACCAAUCAGACAGCGUUGAUCAUUCGACUUUACCCGCCUUUGUUCCGCCACACGAACUGCCUCUAGCCGAAACGCCACCGACAAAAAACACAAUUGUGCCGUCGUGCCGAAUACAACCGGACUUAAACGACGUUCCCCGAACCUCGACAAAUGUGAUGAUAGACGAUAUUGCAGACAGCCGUCGAACAGCUGAUAUCACUCAAACACAGUCUCAGUCCGUUCAUAAUGUGAAUCACGAGCUCCUUACACAUUCCGACACUUCAACUGAUGAAUUAAACGUCACAAAUCCUCCAGUACAGACACCCACAAUCGAUAUGAACAUUUUAAGUGAAGAGGAGAUCGUAUCAUUAUUGGCAGAGCGAUUCGAUCCAAUCAUCCAGGAUAGUGUUAAUGUGCAAAAUAUCACCACAAUAAGAGCCAUGGAACGACUUCUACAGAAGGAUGACAUUCGAGACGGACCGAAGAAAGUUAAGAGCUACAACAACAGUCACCAGAACAGCAGACCGUCUAGCCCUAACAUACAGAACCAGCAACGUUAUCAUGAUCGAUUUACCAACCAACAAGCUUACGUGCCCAAGAUGAACCGCCAGAACUUCCAACACAGCGAUAACUAUACACAGAACAACCAACAUCAUUGGAAUAAACAAAAUUACAGAUACAACGGAAACAAUGGUAAUGAGUUCCAACAGUACCAACGGGCGCACCGAGACAACAAACCGUACCAGCGUGACCACUACCCGGACCGGAACUAUGGCCAAAACUACAAUUAUAAUCGGAAUCAUCCUACUAAGGAACAAAACCAAAUAUGUGCGAUGUUUAGACAAAAUCCCAACUUGUCUAUUGCCCCGACUGCUCCACCCAUGGAUCCACAACUAAACAGCCACCAUUCAAGUUCUCGUGUUUCACGAUCUCCACAGAGGUCGGAAAACCACUCGGCGCUGUAG